AGUUUCGUUUUCCCUGUCUCUUAGGAGACCAGGCUAACAGGUCACUGGAAAACAAGCGUUGGUGCCAGGACCUCCGGUGGAUUCCAGACUGCCUUUUCAGAGACAGGCCAUGGACACGGUGUGUAUUGCGGUCGUUGGAGCUGGCGUGAUAGGGCUGUCUACUGCAGCGUGCAUUUCCCAACUGGUUCCCAGAUGCACUGUCACUGUCAUCUCAGACAGGUUCACUCCUGAUACCACCAGUAAUGUAGCAGCUGGGAUGCUUAUCCCUCACAAGUAUGCAGAUACCCCGGUGCCCACGCAGAAGCGAUGGUUUAGAGAGACCUUCGAGCAUCUUUCUGAAAUUGCCAAGUCUGCAGAGGCUGCAGAUGUGGGUGUUCACCUGGUAUCUGGUUGGCAGAUAUUCCGCAGCGUCCCCGCUGAAGAAGUGCCUUUCUGGGCUGAUGUCGUGCUGGGAUUUCGAAAGAUGACAGAGGCUGAGCUGAAGCGAUUCCCUCAGUAUGUGUUUGGUCAGGCUUUUACAACCCUGAAGUGCGAGACUUCUGCCUACCUCCCGUGGCUGGAGAGAAGGAAAUGAAUCACAGAGGCAAGAAGUCUCCUGCCAGGCAGCCUACCUAAAUAAAUUAUUCUGAAGGGAGCAGAGUCACCCUGCAUUUGACGGCAUCUAGAAGGCCUGGUGCUUUCUAUCCGUGCUGGAGGCCUGUAAUUUAGACCAGCUGAUUGCUUCCAGGAUGCCAGGCUUUAUCCUGUGGCCCACACAGAUCACACCGCUGACCUCCCUGCCCACGCUGUUGGCUUUUCUGCUGUUUUUCUGGGCGGGCAUUGAAUCCCUGAGACUUCCUCACAUUCUUUGUGUUCUUCUCCCUGCCAGACACCUGUGAUUUCCUAGCUUAUAUAGAAAUACACACCUACCCUGCACUUCACCUAGGGGGCAGGCUGUCCCAGUUUUAUGCUUGACCAACUUGCAAGGGCCUUUUCUUGUGUAUGGAGCAGACUCCUGUGCCCCUCUGGCCCAGCCCACACUGGGUCUACUGGAGCAUAGCCUGUCUGAAGCAUCCCUUAGAGACCGCCACCCCAGCUUAUCUUCUGUCCUCCAGUGUCCGUUAGAGGAAUAUGAGACCGCACAGGCUGCAGACACAGUUGAACGCGCUCACUGUUGUUUUUCCUCCGGGUGUAAGCAAGGACGAAUUGAGAGAACACUGUAAAAGGCAGAAAGAGGAUGUGUCUGCUUUUCCUUACAAAGCUUACCGCCAGUGCCCUGCAGGGUGGGUGCAGUGGCCACUGCAGAUUUAUUAAGGCCUUCGUCUGCUUGGAGGCAUCUUCCUGGCUGGAUCUUCUUCUCGCCACCACUUCUACUACAGAACCCCUGGGCCACGCGCAUACACGCUCCGCGGAGGGUCCGAAGGACCGGAAGCUGCUUUAUACCCGAUGUCUGGUGUGCUUGGAGUGAUUUGUGUGUAUUCAUGGAGUCGGCCAGGCUGGGGUGGACGGACACUCCCAGAGGGUAUAGCAGCAGCUCAUUGUCAGAGAGACAGUGAUGGCGUCAAGACGGAAUUAGACCACACGCAUCUGGCGGCUUUGCCAACCUAAAAUACAUUUUAAAGCUCUAACUCUGGAGCAAUGUCAGGCUAUGAAGAAACCAGUCUCUAAGACUUGCCAACUGAGACUUUAAACUAGGCUUCUUUUUGUUUCUGAACAAACUGACUGAACAUAAGUGAUUUUUUUUUUUUAAAUCUCUGAUGAGAAGGUGCUGUUCUUUGGGUUGAGAUUUGCGAGUUAGCUUUAAAGCUGACUAACCGUGCGCAUGCAGUGAGCGGUCCUAACACAACUCUCACAAGUUCGCAUCGUCCUUGAGUCCCACCCGGCCAUCCUUACCUCUCUCUUCAUCCACAGUGUGGCUGUUUUUCACUUCUCCACUCCAAACCUGUUUUCCCAUGGUGACUAAAAACUCAUUCUGAUUGACUUUAGAGACCCCUAACAAGGUUGCCUCUAUUCAUUCUCGGGUGAGAGGAGACCUAACUCCAUACCAAGAGAGAUGUUUUCCUUCAUAUAAUGAAUGGUUCGGCCAGAGCUCCUGGUAGCUCUAAUAAGUCAGGUUUGGCCCCAUUCUCCAUAAGCCAAUUAAACAAUGGUGAAAAGCAAAGUGGAGCAAACAAACCAACAAAAAGGAGCAUUAUUCAGUCUAGCCACAUUGUUAACAAAAUCCAGUCCACCCUCCAGAACCACAUCCACCAUCAGGUUUAAAGAGAGGGGAGAGGUGUGUGUCACUGAAGCGCUCCGGUCAGGGUGUGGUCUGGGUACCACGCUGUGUCCAGCCGCAGUCUUUUCUGCACAUGGUCUAACAAGUUGUCAGGACUGCCUAAAUCUCUUUCCAGGAGACACUCAGCCUCUAACACUGGGGUUCAGCCUUCCUCUCUCAGCAUGAGAUUCCUGGGGAAAUUGGGGUCCAUUCUCAACAGUCUGAUAGCUAAAGCGAGGGGACAAAUGUCUCUCAAUUAUCUUUGCUCCUACUGGGAUCCAUUCCACAUUCAGCUCUGAACCCCAAUUCCAGGCAGCCUUGCUCGGCCUCCAGCCUCCUCCAUUCUAUUGGGAUGGAUGCUCUCAUCCUCUGAGGUAGGAUGCACCGAUGCCUGAGAAGCUGGCUGGGCAUGGGAAUGGGCAGGGUACCAGCCUCCUUCCUCUGCUCUAGCUGCGUAAGUCCUGGGCAAGUAGUCUUCAGGGACAUAAGCCCAAUCUUUUACCUACUCUCCGACAUUGACUUAAUCUGCAAAAGGAGUUUUCACCUUAUAGCUUAGCAAUGCAGGGAAUUACUUGGGUAACAUUCUCAAAAUAAGGUAUAGUCUGUCUCAAAGGAAUGUUUGCCAGCUUAGAAACCACUUAAAAUUUAAAUGAUUUUCAAAUGUCUACUGUUCUUCCUUUUCUCUUCACCAAGUUCCUAUUUAAAAAUUAGAAUGUGUCUCAUAGGUUGGUCCAGGUGAGUGGGUUCCAGGGCACGGUCGGGCAGCGCUGUGGGGUGGGCUUGCCCUCUGCACUGAUCUGUUUCCUCCACCCUGCCAUCCUCACUACAGUAUUUCUCCAACAGAGCUCCUCCUUCUGCAUCAGUGCCCUGAGCCAAUACAGCUCCCUUUUCCUCAUGGGUUCUCAGCCAUGGCAUGCUCCCUCUACAGGAUGGGCUCUCCCUCAGUUGCCAAAAGUCCCAGAGGGAACUGGUUGAGUGUUUUUACAGCCACAGUCAGCCUCCCCAGCUUCUGUAAUAGCAGCUUCAUAUACGUAAUGAUGGAUGGGCAGCAUCAUGCAUGCCCAUUCAGACAGCCCGGGCUGACCUGCCUCUGGACAUGGGCAGCAAGUCUCCUCCACCCAAAAGGACUCGGCACAACAAGCCUGGCCAGGCCUUCCAAAAUCCCAGCCAUCCGCCACCUGGCUCCUCUCCCAUAACAUGUUGGACUUUUAUCAUAGCUCCCAGCGAGGGCUGUUGAAAUAGAAAAGAACAUUUGCAUUUAUUGAAUCCUCUCAUAGACCUAACUACUCUUUGAGCGGGCCACUCGCUUAUCCCUGGGCUAUUAAGGAAACAAGUUCAGUGAAUUUAAGAAAAUUACAUGAACCCCAAGGCUGAGAAGUCCACUUACCUCCCUGAAUUAGAAAAUUAACCCUGAGUUUUGAUUCGAAUGAUGGGGCACAGGUCAGAAUGUUCAAAGACUAGCACACAGAACCCACAGCCUAUUAAAAGAAAUCAAAGCCAAGAUAGCGUUUAAAAAGAGCAACCAGGCAAAGCCUUUAAAGAGACAAAUGGUUGUAGUUAAAUAUAAGCAGUACGCGGGUGUGAAGCAGGGCUACCCCCAGGUCACAGAGCUGGGCUUGUGCUUUAAGUGACCAACCCUUGAGAGUCUUGCUUUUCUAGGAAAGCAGCCGCAGCAGUUGUGGUGGGUCACAGUCAGAUACUUGCUCCUUUCAGUUUCACAGUGAGCUGAUACCAGGGCCUCACGGCAUUAUGGCGGAAGGAGCUAGCUUAACAAGGUUACAGGGACAGUGAGGGGAGAUGGCUCGCUCCCCAAGUCUUUUCCUGGUCCUUGUCUGCUUUUAGUUUUUGACAGUGUUACACAUAGAAGGAGUUCUAGUUGUUUUCAGUUCCCAUUACCCUCUCUCCUGCCUCUGCCUCCUCUGUUCAAACCCUUUGUCCUUGCUUGCUUCCUGCUGCUGUGAGCAAACAUGGUCAAAGAAACAUGGGCAGGAACAUGGUCAUGAGGGAAAGUCAGGACUCAAGGCAGGAGCUGAUGCAGAGGCCAUGGAUGGGUGCUGCUUACUGGAUUGCUCUGCAUGGCUU